AUGGCUUCUAAAAGAGCGGUAACGAAUCUACUUUACGGGAUCCGAAGGAGGGCGAGGACAGGACCGCUACAGAAAGCAUACUGCCCUCUACCACCACGCUCACCAUCUUCGGCAUUCUCCACAACCCAUCGGGCUGCUGCUCGCGGUACGGAGUACCUUCAACUCCAUGAUCCGGAUCUCACAGACUCCCAGCGGACGGUCCGCGAAGCCAUAAGCAAAGUGUGCGCAAAAUUCGGGGAUGAAUACUGGCUCACCGCGGACCGCGAACACCGCUUUCCAACCGAGUUCCAACAGGCGAUCGCCAAGGAUGGCUGGCUAGGCAUCUGCAUGCCCUCUGAAUACGGAGGAAGCGAUUUAGGGAUCGCAGAAGCCGCCGUCAUGGUACAGACGAUCGCGGAGUCAGGGGCAGCAUACGCGGGUGCGAGUGCCGUGCACAUGAAUAUCUUUGGGCUGGAACCGGUCAGGAAGUUUGGAACGGAGGAGCAGAAGAAGAGAAUGCUGGUGCCGUUGAUCGAAGGGAGGGAGAGAGCGUGUUUCGGCGUCACGGAACCGAAUACGGGCUUGGAUACCUUGAGGCUGCAGUCGAGAGCUGUCCGGGACGGGAACUUCUAUCGGCUGAGCGGACAGAAGAUAUGGAUCUCCACGGCGCAGGUGGCGGAGAAGAUUCUCAUCCUCGUGAGGACGACCCCUCUCGAGGAAGUCAAAAAGCCCAGCCAAGGGUUAAGCUUGUUUUAUACAGAUCUUGAUCGAAAACAGGUCGAAGUACAGGAGAUCCCCAAGAUGGGCAGGGCGGCGGUCGAUUCCAACAGCCUGUUUUUCGACGGAUGGAAGGUGCCGAAGGAGGAUUUGAUCGGAGAGGAAGGAAACGGUUUCAAGAUGAUCAUGCAUGGGAUGAAUGCCGAGAGAAUAUUGAUCGCGGCCGAAGCACUGGGGACAGGGUUUGCCGCCUUGAGAAGGGCCGCGCUCUAUGCUGGGGAGCGGGUAGUGUUUGGUCGGGCGAUUGGGCAGAAUCAAGCUAUUCAACACCCACUGGCGGAGAGCUGGAUGGAGCUUGAAGCCGCCAGACUCAUGAUCUACCAGGCUGCAAGAAUGUAUGAUGCUGGAUACGAGACGGGGGAAUAUGCAAACGCGGCCAAAUACUUGGCUGCCGAGGCGGCAUUCCGAGCCUGUGAAAGAGCCGUCAUGACGCAUGGUGGAAUGGGGUAUGCGAAGGAGUAUCAUGUUGAGAGGUAUUUGAGGGAGAUAAUGAUCCCACGGCUCGCACCUGUCAGUCGAGAGAUGAUCAAGAACUACAUCGGAGAAAGGGUGCUUGGGCUACCUAAAUCGUACUGA